AUGUAGUUGAGCAAUUCCGAUUUCCCGGGAUGUCUGAGAAAGUUACCCUGUCGGACGCGUUGUCCAAUGUGGACGUAUUGGAUGAACUCUCGAUCCCGGAUCAACAGCCAUGCAUCGAAGCUCAGACUAUCAACAUUGAUUACCAAGCCAAUUUCGACACCAACUUCGAAGACCGAAAUGCAUUUGUCACCGGCAUGGCGAAAUACAUCGAAGAAGCUACAGUACAUGCGAAUUUGAAUGAUCUCCUAGUUGCCGGAAAUACCCAUGCGGUUAUGUUGUAUACUUGGCGUUGCUGUUCCCGCGCGAUACCUCAGCCGAAGUCGAAUGAACAACCAAAUAGAGUGGAAAUAUACGAAAAAACCGUGGAGGUUUUGGGCCCCGAAGUCGAAAAGUUGUUAGCAUUUAUGUACUUCCAGAAAACGGCGAGUGAAAUGUUCUGCGGAGAGGUUCGUCGGUUAUGUCAUCAAGAGAAAAGGAAAGAUUUUGUAUCUGAAGCGUACUUGUUGACCCUGGGAAAAUUCAUCAACAUGUUCGCCGUAUUAGACGAAUUGAAAAAUAUGAAGUCCUCUGUAAAAAACGACUAUUCAACUUACCGACGCGCUGCCCAGUUUCUGAAAGUCAUGUCAGAUUCCCAGAAAUUACAAGAAAGUCAAAACCUUUCCAUGUUCUUGGCAACUCAGAACAAGAUCAGAGAUGACUUGAAAAGGAAUCUCGAAAGUAUCCCUGGUUGUGACGAGCUAUUGGGGGACGUAGUCAACAUUUGCCUUCAGAUGUUCGAGAACAAAAUGUUCCUCAGUCCCGGUGAGAAACACAUGCUCGUGAAGGUCAUGGGAUUCGGAUUAUAUCUCAUCGAUGGUGAACAGUGUAACAUCAACCGUUUGGACCAAAAGAAGAAAAUUCGCCUGGAAAAGAUUGAUCGCAUUUUCAAGGUGACCACUACUUUCAAAGAAACACCAAGAACUGAUAUGGAAAACAAGGACUUGGUUGAUCUUGCACUGAGAGGAUUGCAACUUCUGAGUCAAUGGACUUCAGUGGUUACAGAAUUAUGCUCGUGGAAAUUACUUCAUCCGACAGAUCCUCAUCAGAAUAAGGAGUGUCCAGCUGAAGCUGAAGAAUACGAACGAGCGACGCGCUAUAACUACUCGUCAGAAGAAAAAUCUGGGCUAAUCGAGGUUAUUGCCAUGAUCAAAGGUCUGCAAGUGUUAAUGGCCCGCAUGGAGUCCGUUUUCUCAGAUGCUAUUCGUCGGCAUCUUUAUGCCGAGACGCAGGAUUUCGUUCAGCUUGCUCUUCGUGAUCCUCUGCGCAAAGCCAUAAAAAAUAAGAAGGAUAUGAUUCGGGUGAUCAUAAUGUCAGUUCGAGAAACUUGUGCAGAUUGGAUGAGAGGAACGGAACCCGCCGAUGACCCUGCUUUGAAGGGGAAGAAAGAUCCCGAGAAUGGGUUUGAACUCAAAGUACCGAGGCGAAAUGUUGGUCCCUCCUCAACCCAGUUGUACAUGGUGAGAACGAUGUUGGAGUCCCUUAUCGCCGAUAAAAGUGGUGGGAAACGAACUCUGAGAAAAGAUAUCGAUGAGCGUGCGCUUGCUGCGAUCGAUCAAUUCCACAAGGGUUCCUUUUUCUGGAGCUAUUUGCUCAAUUUUACAGACUCUUUGCAGCAGUGCUGUGAUUUAAGCCAGCUUUGGUACCGUGAAUUUUAUUUGGAAAUGACCAUGGGACGACGAAUUCAGUUCCCUAUUGAUAUGAGUAUGCCGUGGAUUUUGACCGACCACAUUCUUCGAACUCGGGAUCCGUCUAUGACUGAGUGCGUUCUUUAUCCACUAGACUUGUACAACGAUGCUGCUCAUUAUUCUCUGACGAAAUUCAGAAAGCAAUUUUUGUACGACGAAAUAGAGGCUGAAGUCAAUCUAUGUUUUGAUCAGUUCGUGCACAAGCUGAGCGAGCAUAUUUUCGGAUAUUACAAGAGCCUUGCUGGAAACAUUUUGUUGGAUCGGAGGUUCAGGCAAGAAUGUAUGGCUCUCGGAACAACGCUGCCUUGGCCACCAGCAGCGCGAUAUGAGUCACUGAUGAGACAAAGACAUGUUCAGCUUUUGGGACGAUCAAUCGAUCUGAGUCGCCUUAUCGGUCAAAGAAUCAAUGCUGAUAUGUACAAGAGCCUCGACUUGGCUCUGGCGCGCUUUGAAGCCGCUGACAUUACCAGCAUUGUUGAAUUGGAGCAUUUGAUCAAUGUGAACCGAUUGGCGCAUCAGCUAAUGCAGGAACAUCUUGGAUCACUCGACCCCUUCGACAACAUGUUUCGAGAGGCAAAUCACAAUGUUUUGGCUCCUUACGGAAGAAUUACAUUGCACGUAUUUUGGGAACUGAACUUCGAUUUCCUUCCUACUUAUUGCUAUAACGCCGCAACCAACAGAUUUGUUAAAGGUCGCGAAUUACAGUUCGGACAAAAUGUUCAGAGGGACAAGCCACCGCAAAUGAUGCCUGCUUACGUAUGGGGCUCGAAAGCGUUGAAUACUUCUUAUCAUGCGAUUAUGAGUCAAUUCAAUGGAUUUGUGGGGCCGCCGCAUUUCAAAUCGAUUGUUCGCCUGUUGGGCUACCAAGGGAUCGCUGUCGUAAUGGAAGAGUUGCUGAAGAUCGUGAAAACCUUGAUUCAAGGCAACAUUUUGCAGUUUGCCCGAACGCUUAUGAAUGCAAUGCCGAAACAGUGCAAACUUCCAAGAUAUGACUACGGAUCCAUCGGGGUUCUGGGUUAUUACCGAGCACAACUGACCGACAUCGUUCAGUAUCCUGACGCCAAAACGGAACUCUUCCAUAAUUUUCGCGAGAUGGGCAACACGAUUUUAUUUUGUUUGAUGGCCGAGCAAGCGAUGUCUCAGGAAGAGACUUGCGACUUGCUUCAUGCAGCUCCUUUCCAGAACAUUAUUCCUCGGCCGCAUAUCAAAGAGGGUGAGCGGCAGGAAGUUAAGCAAAAGAAAUUGGAGGCCAAAUAUGCAGCUUUGCAGAUCGUACCGAACAUUGAGAAAUUGGGAAGUUCAGAGCAAUCGUUCAUCGCGAAAGAAGGUGAUUUGUUGACACGUGAACGACUCUGCUGUGGACUUUCGAUAUUUGAUAUGAUUUUGACGAGAAUUCGCGGUUUCUUGGACGACCCUAUUUGGAAGGGUCCCGCGCCGCAAAACGGAGUCAUGCAUGUUGACGAGUGUCUGGAAUUUCAUCGUCUGUGGUCUGCGCUUCAGUUCGUUUACUGCAUUCCAGUGGGACAGAAUGAAUUCACAGUGGAGCAAAUGUUUGGCGAAGGUCUUCAUUGGGCUGGCUGCACGAUGAUUGUUCUGUUGGAUCAGACGAGGAAGUUUGAGGCUCUCGACUACUGCUAUCACAUUCUGAGAGUCCAGAAAGUUGAUAAUAAGGAUGGUGUCCAUAAGGGAAUCAGUUUGCAAAAAAUGGUGGAGCGGAUACGGAGAUUCCAAGUUCUCAAUGGGCAAAUCUUCGCUGUGCUAAACAAAUAUUUGAAAGCUUCGAGUAGCGAAGUGGAGAGCAGUUCGGUUGAACACGUACGAUGCUUCCAGCCGCCAGUGCAUCCCAACAAUGCCCAAGCCCGGUCGGGCAUCCGAUAAAACCACAGCAUUUUUUAGGGACUUCAAAGUAGUUCCAUUCGUCACUUUUUUUGGUCCAGUAUUCCGGAUUGAAGAGCUUUUUAUCUGAUAUAACCGAAGAGACAGUCGUCGAACAUCGUUGAUUUUUGUAACUCGCGAAUUCUUUGGAGCUUCCAUUACUAUAUUGAAACUUGGGAGCACAUCAACUAACGCAAUGGUUGAGAAGUCUCGAGGCUUGUUUAUUUUAUUAGAUCUCCAUCGUCCGUACUGUUGUAUACCGAUUUUUUUUGUAUUGUGUUCAUUCGAUCGGAGGACACUCGUGCACGAAGUGGGAUUGCAUUCAACGAAUGGUCAGGAUGUGACCAAAGUGGCGUUCCGAUUUUCCUCGUAUCGCAUACGAAUUCCCUGUCUAUAUUCGAUUUUUGUGGAUGGAAAUGUGGAUUUUCUUGAAUUAUCGUGAUUUAUGAGAAACUCUUGGAAAGAAAAUUAUGCUUUUUGCGUCCCUGAAGUCCUACUGAUUAAUAUUAGGUAUGAUUUAUGAGCCGUACACAUUUUUCUGGAUUGAAAAUGUUUCCGUUAUUUCUGUGCUGUAGCUGCCUUGAUAUAACCGCUAUUUUCGUUUGAUAAAAAUAACAUGAACGUUUUCUUCACAUAUUAUUCAACAUUGCUUCUUGGUCCAGUUUUCUGACGUCAAGAAAACAGAACGUGAUUUGAACUAAACUUCGAUGAUCGCCAAUA